AUGGACAAAACAGACGCCAAAAACAAGUCCUCUCAGGUGGACGAAGAGAAAGACCCACCCAAGAGUCACCCUUACUCUGUGGAGACACCAUAUGGCUUCCAUUUAGACCUGGACUUCCUGAAAUAUGUGGAUGACAUCGAGAAAGGAAACACCAUUAGAAGGAUCCCUAUUCACCGAAGGACCAAGCAGGCCAAGUUUAGUACUUUGCCCCGAAACUUCAGCCUUCCUGACAGUGGGGCUCAGCCUCAUCCUGCUCUUCCUCACUCUAACUGGUCCCCAGCGGUGCUGAGGAAGGUGUCACUUGGGAUAGAGGAGAGAGCCCAGACCCUGCCGCUUGGUGACUCCUCCCAUGUCUCAGCUGGUGGCAGUGAGGUGAACUACCACAGGAAGGCAUUGUUGGCUGAGGCCACCAGGCAGUUGGAGACAGCACCUCCUGAGGUUGCUGAGCUUUUCUCCGGGUGUGGGCGGCCCCAGCUUUUGAGAGCAUCCAGCAUGCCAGCCACGCUGCUGCAAAACAAGGUCUCUGAGGAGUCCAGCACACCCUCAGCUCUCUCUCCGCCAUUCACCCUCCCUCCACUUCAGGGUGAAGGUAGUGUCUGUGAAGGCACUUUUAGCUCUGUAGAAGGCUUUGCAGGUCUUCAGAGCUCUAGCCCACAAGCAUCAACCCAUCCAAAAGUCAGAGAGGUUGGAGAUCUGCUGCGAGAGAGUCCAAAGCUGGUCUGGGAGGGGGCCACGCCUCUACAGGGUAAAGAGGAGGCUCCAAAUCACCUCUCUUUCCCAGGUCCUCCUUCUUUAUCCCAGAAUGCACUUGUAGAGGAUGCAAAUGAAGAACAUGAAGCCAGAGAAGCAGAAGUGACAGUCACUCCUGGCUUGCCAUCACCAAGUCCUCCUCCCCUACCAUCACCCAUCCCAGAAAAUGAGCUCCCCCUAGAAGAAAUUGAACUCAACAUCAGUGAGCUCCCACCUCCGCCACCUAUUGAGGUUGAUGUGAGAAGUGUUGGCCUCAGGGUGACGGAGGAAAGUCUGGGCUUGGCCAGGGUAGAUCCCAGUAGUGUCUCCAGCCUAAGGGAGCAGGUCACAGCCCUGGAGGGUGAGUUGUCUGGAAGGAGUGAAGAGCUGGCCCAGGCCAGAGCUGUCCUCCAACAGCAGGAAGAGGAAAUCAAGGCCAGGGAGCAGAUGAUUCAAGAGCUAGAGUGUACCGUAGCCCAGUUAGAAGAAAAACUUAGCCAGGAGAAUGCCAAAGACACCCAGGGCCAGACUGAUGCCAUGGUGAACACUGAGCCUCUUCAUGGACUCGUGAUUAGGGAGUUCUGUGACAAGAGCAUUGGGGUCAACCUUCUGGGCAUGACAAAUUCUGAAAGCUGGGAGGCCAAAGGAGAGGAAAAUGACCACCUUUUGGGACAAGGCAGCCAGAAACCAGCAGAUCAGAGCCCAGAAGAACAUGCAUUACCACCCCAACUCUCACUGCCACAUGGACCUGAGAUGGUCCUCGCCUCCCCUUUACCUAACAGCCUCUCCACCGAACUCAGGAUCGAAGAAGCAGAGUCUGAACAGGAGGGAGGCCCUCAGGGUCUGACCAAUGAAACAGGAGGUUCUUCAUGGAGUAACAUCAGAAAGUCUUCCCCAACUGGGAAGGAGGAGGCCAGUCCAGGGCUCCCAGGGAAAGAGUGUCCAGAAAGGCCACCAAGCUCACCCACAGAUGUCACCAUUGGGCAAUAUGUUAAGAAGAUUCAGGAGCUCCUGCAAGAGCAGUGGCACUGCUUGGAACACGGGUACCCAGAACUGGCCAGCGCCAUCAAGCAACCUGCCUCCAAGCUCAGCAGCAUCCAGAGCCAGCUACUGAGCUCCCUCAACCUGCUGCUGUCCGCGUACUCAGCCCAGGCACCCCCUCCAGCCCCUACUUCCUCCUCCCCACCAAUGGAGCUCUCCCCGUCGGCCAGCCUUAAAUCCAUAAUGAAAAAGAAAGACUAUGGCUUCCGUGCAGGAGGUAAUGGGACCAAAAAGAACCUUCAAUUUGUUGGGGUUAACGGUGGCUAUGAGACCACCUCAAGUGAGGAGACCAGUGGUGAGGACAGCUCCCCUGAAGAUUUGUCAGACAGUGAAGCUGAGAAGAAAUGCAAUGGUCCUGAACACAAGCGGGGCAAAGACACCCACCCCAGCUCUGAGGCCAUGCAGAGCAUCCCCGAUGACAUCCACAAUGCUGGCCAGGACAGUCAACUUGGAGAAGUCCUCCAUGCCAAGGCUGAGAGACACCAUCUAGAAGGAUCAGAAACCAUGCUACUCCGGUAUAACUUUGUUAACUUCACUGAUAAUAUGGACCUCUUUAAAGAAAGACCUUAUUUUACCAAACAAGGCCAUAUCCACAGUGAAGAAUUUCUUAAUGCAUGCCAGGCAUUGAGCCAAUAUUUGCCGGAAACUGGGACCACCACUGACCGACUCUUGAGGCAAAGCUUGAAUACCGUCAGUCAAGAGUGGUUCCGCAUCUCCAGCCGGAAGUCAUCUAACCCUGCUGUGGUGGCUACCUACCUCCGUGGGGUCCAGUCACACUCUCCCCACUUACUAAAGCUGCUUGUCAACUUGGCUGAUGGCAAUGGGAACACAGCCCUUCACUACAGCGUUUCCCAUUCCAACUUCUCCAUUGUGAAGCUGCUGCUGGAAACAGGGUUCUGCAAUGUGGACCAUCAGAACAAGGCUGGCUUUACUGCUGUGAUGAUCACCCCCUUGGCUUCUGCAGAGACCAGUGAAGACAUGGCUGUUGUCUGGAAGCUUUUAAGAGAAGGAAAUGUGAACAUCCAAGCUUCUCAGGGAGGUCAGACUGCUCUGAUGCUGGGAGUGAACCACGACAGGGAGGACAUGGUCCAGGCGCUGCUCAGCUGCCAGGCAGACAUCAACCUGCAGGACCAUGAUGGAUUGUCGGCCCUCAUGCUGGCCUGUCACCACGGCAACAUGGACAUGGUACGGCUGCUCCUGGCACAUCCGUCCUGUGACAGCAGUCUGACUGACAAGGCUGGCCGCACCGCUUUGUCCAUCAUUCUGAAAUCCCCUGCCCAUGUGGAAAUUGCAGGGCUGCUGCAGGCCCACGCAGAGCAGAGGGUGAAACUGAACAAGCCCCUUUUGGGAAUUCCGUUAGAUGGGGUUGAUAGAGAAAUCUUAAAUUCAGAAAAGCACAUUGACGUCAAUGCCAGCGAUACGGUUUUGACAAUUUUUGAGCUAAGGAGAAGGUUCGCUUUGCUCCAGGGAAAUGGAAUUAAUUGGGAAAUACAGUCCAGUGAAGCACACACACCACAAUGUACUUUGGCGGAAGCCAAUUAUAUCAGCUAUUCCAAUCUGAUGAAAGAAGUAAAUGAACCUGAGUGA